AUGAGCAGCGUAUAUAAGCAGAUAGCGUUGGGAGACGGUGGCCAAGAGCCCAAGACACAUACCCAGUUCAAAGUACCUUCCAAGAAAAGUAUUGAGGCGGUGGAUUAUAUCGAGUCGAUGAUGGAAGCGGUGAUGGAAGACAGAUUAUUUGAGACGAACUGGUGGGAUAAAACUAUCCAAGAUAAACUAACUAACCCAAGGAACAAUACUCUGGUCAGGAUUCAAGUAGGAUAUGCUAGAAUGAAUUUGAAACCAAACUUCCAAAUGAAUGGUAUAAAGUCACCAUGUAUGAUCUCCAUUUGA